AUGAUCAAGAACAGGUAGAACCUAGAAUCUCAACUUUUACUAUCCUACCGAGCCGACAGCGAACAAUCAGGCUUAUUGUCAGUGCUGUACAGUACCAGACAAAAGUCAAGAAAAUCAGUGGACGACUUCUACGCCAGACUCAGAAAGUUGGUCAGCAAGCUGAUGCCAGACGGCAGGCCUGAAGAGGUACGUAAGCGACUCAAAGAGGAAUUUGUACUUAGGCUUCAGAACAACAUUUAUGGCUGGGGACUUAUACUUCAAAUUUUUUUCUCAAAAAUAAUUUUUUUCUCAGUGAAAAUCAAAAAAUGGCGCAGAAAAGUACAAAAUCCUGCGCUAUCUAAAAAAAAUAUCGUUUGAAAGAGAGAGAGAGUCUUUUCUCUAGUGUCUCUCGUUUUAUUGUGCUCUCUUGUCAAAAUGGCGCAGAAUUUUGUAUUUUCCUGCGCCAUUUUUUGAUCUUCACUGAGAAAAAAAAAUAUUUUUGAGAAAAUAAAUUUGAAGUUUGUCUCCAGCCAUAUUUCACAGCCAUUACAAUGGCUGGAAUUACAGACGCUGGAAGAAACCAGACAACGGGCUCGAAAGAUUGAGUCAACCCUACGACGUGCCGAAACUGAACGUGCUGAAACGGCCAUCAAAUUGAUUGGAAGCAAUGUCAACGCUGCUAUCGCGCCGCAGCAACCAUCGACUUCAAUGACCCGUAAUCACUUGCAGCGAGCACCACUUUCUGGGGCUAACGCCAUCAUGCUGCAAUCCGACAACCCAGAUGUGGUAGCAACAGUCAUUGACGAAAAACAACUGGCCAGGGAUCAAUAA